UGCAGCGUAAUAUUCGGAAGGGCCAAAUUCACAUUUUACGUUUUUAUUACGACUUCAUUAAAGUUUUUUAAAAGCAGAGAAUUAUGAAUUAAUGCUGACCGACACUGACAGUAUUUAUUUGAGUUUGAAAUAUAAAAAUUUUGAAGACAAUAUUGACCCGCGAAGAUGGAUUAUUAUGAAAACAUAAAGAUGAAUUUUUUAUAGGAAAGACACUAUUUUUGGUAAAAGACAACCAAAUCGUUUAGGGGAAAUGUACAGGGACAAAUCUUAUUGCUUUAUGUGCCAAGUCUUAUAUUGUUGCUGAAUUAGAUUCUAACAAUAUUAAGUUUUCCUGUAAGGGAGUUCAAAAGAAUGAAAUGAUUAGAGAAGGGAAGAGAAGAAAACCUGAAAAUAUACAAGAAGGAGUUUUGGAUGUGUAUAGAGAAACUUUGGAAGAACCUCUAAAAGAUACUUUCGGUACCAAUCGUGGAAUUAGGAGCACUAAUACUGUUUUGGCAACUUAUGAACAGAAAAAAAAGAUGACUAGUGCUUUUUACUGCAAGAGGCGAAUUCUUGACGAUGGUAUUCAUACAGUUCCUUUGGAUAUAUAAUGGAAGCAGUAGAUGUAUAUUUAUUAAUAUCUUUCGAUUUUCAAGAUCGGAAAAAGACGAUUAUUAGAUUGAAGUUCAACGUUUUAGUUGACAAUUUGCAGCUUCGACAAAAGAACAUCGAAUGUGUUCUGGCGUUAAAAAGGUGUCAUUUUAAAGAUAGACAAUUGUCACAAUUUAUUGCUAAUAAAAUUUAUACAGAAAGCAAAGUUGGCGAUAAACUGUUUUUUCUCAGUCGAAUAUGGAAGAAAAAAUUUACUUACAAAGGAUUGCAAUGUAUGAACAAGUGUGGUUACAAGAUGUGUCAAUCAAGAUUAUUUGCUUCAAAAAUUUGCCUUUCUUUAUCACAGCUAUUAUUAGAAACAUUAAGCUAUAAAAAGCCGGAAAGUUCCUGAAGAAAAAUCAGUUCUCUUUGGUCAGCGAAAGAACAGGACAAGCCAGGAGCAGAUUCAGUUGUGGAAAAAAAUUGUUUGCACAUCGAAAAAAAGAAAAAAGUUUGACGGCUUGGUUUUGUAUCUACAAAAAAAGUUAUAAUAAAAAAAGAUACGAAAAAAGGCUGACUAUGUCUAGAAAAACUGUCGAAGGUCUUAUCGAUCAUUUAAGCAGAACAGAUGACGAAUUUCCUACAGACAUUAAAGACAUAAGCAAAUACUCUGACGAAAUUAUGAGCAAUUUGGGGAAUAAUUUACCUUCUACUAGUUAUGAAGAUAGCGAAAGUUUGAUUAUGUUUCAAACACCGGAUCAGAAGAGUCAUUUAUUGGAUUCACUUGCAGAUGGAGAUUUGCGAAGUCAUGCAGCUAAUAAUGAAAUGAUGUUGGAAACGAAAAAAACAAUGGUAAAAUACGAAUUGCGAAAAGAACUUUGUAACGUGAUCGAAAAAAACAACGACUUGAAAAGGAAACUGGAAGUUGACGAUUUAGAGAAUAUUUCAAAAAAAAGAGCUAGAAUCGAGAAUCAUCUUGGACAUGUUGAAAACAAUCCAAAGAAUAAAACCGAAUUGUCGGAUUUGUCGGAAACCUCUUCUGUAACAUCAGGAGCAUCUUUGACAGACUUUGAUAGGAAGUUCGAUGCUCUACAAAAUCGUUUGAUAAAAAAUGUCAAACUUUUUCGAAAAAGUGACAUGUAUAUAAACAAUUUUAUAAUCGAUAGGUAUUUUUUUCAAGAUGACACUGUUACUUGGUUUGAUUUACACGAAUUCAAAGAUGAGAUGAAAAGUGAACUGCAUCGAUUAUUAGAAAGGAUGAAAAAUCAUUGCUUGUAUUGUAAAACUUGUUUACAUAUGAGUAAAAAAACCAUUGAGCUUUUGUUGAAUGACUAUGUGGAGUACUUUGCCGAUUCUGUGAGAACGAAAACUGCAAAUUUGGAUAUCGAAUUGAAAGAAGUUUUUGAUUUUGCAUAAAAGGGACAAGACUAUCGUUAAACGGUUGUCGGUUUUGAAGGAAAUGAAAGAAAGGAGAUAUAAAGAAAUCGGUACAUUUGGUGUAAAAAGAACUGGCUGAAAAGAUAUUGAGCGUUGCAAAGAGGUUUAUUUGGAAAAUACUAAAAAGGGAAGUGAUAUCGUAAACAGUAGCAGCAGCAGCAGCAGUGGCAGUAGUACUUGCAGCAAUCAUAGUGACGACGAUGUUGUUUAUCCUGAUUUGGAUGGUAACGAUAGCAGUGUUACUUGUCGGGGCUGUACUGCUCCUGAAAUGAUUCGCUAUGACAGUGACGAAAAACCUGACGAAGAAAUACAACCUCCAGAGAAGAAAAUAAAAAAGGAACAACCAGAUAGUGAAGACUAUUUUAACGAUAGUUUUCCUGACGAAUUGGUAAUUAUUGACGAUAUCGACAAAAAGGAGGAUUCUGAUAAUAAUACUUUUACUGCUACUUUGAAAAAACAGUCUAAUAUCUACGUUAUUGAACAGCAGUUUAAUUGUUUAAACGAAAAGUUACGUAAUUUGUUAAUGCGAGAGUAUAGGAAAACUUAUGGUACUGGCGAAGAUGAUAAAUUCGUUUUAGAUGAUGAUUGUAACGCUAAAGGUUUUGGUUAUUUUCAUUUUUAUAUGUUUAUAAAACCGUUUAUUAGUGGCCACUUAGUUUAGUUUAAUAUAAAUAUAUGUAGUCUGAUAAUUUUAUAAAAAUAAAUGUUGAUUUGGGUUAUGAUAUAA